CCUUAGCAGUACAAAAUAAAUGUUUGGAGAUAAAUAUUCAAUCUUGUUUGUGGGGUGUUGUUAAAAAAAUUUUCCCCUUUGUAUACAUUUGUAAAGUAUUUUAUUUUACACCUUCUGAAUUAUUUAUUCAUUAUCAAUGACUAUCUUUAACUUUUAUCUUUUCGAUCGCAAUGGAACAUGUUUGUAUUAUACAGAAUGGAAUAGAAAAAAACAGUUAACAAUGAGUAAGGAUGAGGAGUUUAAACUGAUGUAUGGCAUGAUAUUUUCCAUCAAAUCAUUUGCAAGUAGACUUUCUCCAAUAGACAUGAAGGAAGGUUUUUUAAAUUUUACCACCAGUAAAUACAAGCUGCACUUCUUUGAGACUCCAAGUGGGCUGAAGUUUAUUUUAAACACCGACCUCAAUGUGGGCGGCAUGAAGGAUGUCUUGCACCAAAUUUUUAGCUCAUUGUACGUGGAGUAUGUUGUAAAGAACCCGCUGUGCGAACUUGACAAGCCAAUCACAAGUGAGCUGUUCAAAAACAAGCUGGAUGAAUACAUCAGAAAUUUACCUCAGUUUCCUGUCAAGGCAGCUGCUUGAAUAUUUGAGACUCUUAUUUUCACUUGAUUGUAUGUACAACUGUAUUUAAUAUUUAUUGACAAGUAUGAUUUUAUUGUGACCAUUUUCAGCAAAAUAAAAAGUGUAGGUA